UGAGAGAUUUUCAGUUCAGUCUAAAAUCUCCAUCAAGUUGCAUCGUAGAGCAAUUGCGAUUAAUAAACGAAAAUAUAAAUUUAUACAUUUUUUUUGUGUGUGCUAUUAGUAACAAAAAUUGGAAACGCUUUUGGGUGUGUCGUUAGCAUACAAUUCUGUUGAAAACUAAGUCUGUGCAAAUCUGUGGCCAAAUUUUGUUCAUUUUUCUUUAUACAAAUUAGAGACGUUGCAAUAAUAAAUAUUCUAAAAUGAGUUCUGCACAAUAUUAUCCAUUCAAGUGUACACCAACCGUCUACCCAGCCGAACCCUUUGACCCAGUCGAAGAUGCAGCAGUUCUGCGCAAAGCGAUGAAAGGUUUCGGUACGGACGAAAAAGCUAUCAUCGAAAUCCUGGCUAGACGUGGCAUUGUCCAGCGUUUAGAAAUUGCCGAAUCAUUCAAAACUUCCUAUGGCAAAGAUUUGAUUAGCGAUUUGAAGUCCGAACUGGGUGGAAAAUUCGAAGACGUUAUUUUGGCUUUGAUGACACCAUUGCCACAGUUCUAUGCGAAGGAAUUGCAUGAUGCCGUUGCUGGUGUCGGAACUGAUGAGGAAGCAAUUAUCGAAAUUCUCGCAACUCUGUCCAACUAUGGUAUCAAAACCAUCGCCCAAUUCUAUGAGCAAAUGUAUGGUAAAGCCCUAGAGUCUGACUUGAAGGGAGAUACAAGCGGACACUUCAAGAGAUUGUGUGUAUCGUUGGUUCAGGGAAACCGUGACGAAAAUCAGGGAGUUGACGAAGCUGCAGCUGUAGCUGACGCCACUGCUCUGUACGAAGCUGGAGAAGGUCAAUGGGGAACCGAAGAAUCAACAUUCAAUUCAAUUUUGAUAACUCGCUCUUACCAACAACUGCGACAAAUAUUCAUGGAAUACGAAAACAUCGCCGGCCAUGAUAUCGAAAAGGCUAUCAAGAGAGAAUUCAGCGGAUCGGUCGAGGCCGGUUUCUUGGCUAUCAUCAAAUGCUGCAAAUCGAAAGUUGACUUCUUUGCUGAACGACUCCAUUCUUCGAUGGCAGGUUUGGGAACUAAUGACAAGACGUUGAUUCGUAUCAUUGUUAGUAGAUCUGAGAUCGAUUUGGGAGACAUCAAAGAAGCGUUCCAGAACAAAUACGAAAAGAGUUUGGAAUCAUGGAUCAAGGGCGAUACAUCUGGCGAUUACAAACGGGCUCUCAUGACUUUGGUCGGAGGAUAUUAAAUGAAAAUAAAAAUCUCUUUCGGAAUUUCUCAAAUGACAUUAUUAUAUAAAUUGAAGAAAAAAAAAUAAUUAUUUUUUGUUCUAGUUUCUGUGUUCUGCAUUAACUUUUUUUUUUAUUAAGACACUACUUUCCAUCACCAGUUAAAUAUUAUUAACGUUUACUAUUUUUAAUGAACGUGAAAAUAUAUUUUUCGAAUUCA